CAUCAGCAUCUCAACCCUUGUCACUUGCCACACACAUCCUCUUCGCAAAAGCAGUGCACCGCCUGGGCGCCCCUUCAAUUCCGAUUUGCUACCACCCUUCGCUCAGCUCCUUCCCUCGUCUCCUCCUUAUCCCCUUCCCACCAAGAUACCAUGAGGCUCACCACAUCUCACACGGCCUCACGCCUAGCGUCGUUACUACCAGCCGUCGUAGCCAUCGGCCUCGCAACACGGCCUCUCAACGCACAAGCCCAGGACUCCACUACCACCUACGACUACGUCCCCGAUCCAGCCCGUGAUGCCAUCGUGGCACAGUGCUCUACCGACCCAGCAAGAGCUGCAAGAGCCGCUUUACAAUUGCCCUACAUCGCCGGUAACAGCAGCAACGGCUACAUCGGUACCAAGUACAUUGAAGCUGAAGACGCAGAUCAGGCAAAUGCCUAUCCAUGGACCUCGUCGAUUCCUUUCGUUGCCAAUGCUGCCGCUUCUGGCUCUGCCGACGGUGGAUGGCAGGCGCUACCGGACCUCGAAGGCUUCACACUCAACAGGACCAUCGAGAUCAGAGAUGGUGCCAUUCAGCCGGCCUACAUCACAGCCAACUACAAUGCUGCCAGUAUCAAGAGAGGGAUUCUCGUCAUGCCUGGUAAACCGCGUGACAGUUGGAAGUACACCAAUCUCAUCCGAAACGCCCUGACUGUGCAGCAGACACUCUUCCCAGAAUGGGGCGUCACUUCAGACGAGGUCAUCAUCAUUGGCCCUGCUUGGCUGAACAACUUCGACCAGACAGCAGGUGCGGCGCAGAAUAACGAGCUCGUCUUCCACGGUACUCAAUGGCAGUCUGGUGGGCGCUCUCGUUCGCCGGCCAUCUCUGACCGGAUCACCUCAUACGAGGCACUGGACGCCUUUGCCGACAUGCUCUUCGACAAGAAUCAGUUCCCUAACCUCAACCAAGUCGUCAUGGUCGGUCACUCCAUGGGUGGUCAGAUGCUGCAACGUUACUCGCUCCUGAAGAAGACCAAGGCCUACGACAACAAUCUGAGAUAUUGGCUGGGCAACCCAGGUUCCUAUGCUUGGAUCGAGGACGCCAGGCCUUACGCCAACGCCUCUUGUCAGGGAGGCAACGAAUGGGCCUACGGACUCAAUGGCAGCGUCACGCCCUACGGUCGAUCCGAGGUGCGUAGCGACAAGGCUGGCGUCAUCACUCGCUUCCUGGGUCGGAAAUUGAUCUAUGCACUCGGACUGAUGGACAAUGGAGCCGGAGACACGCACUGUGAAGCUCUGCUACAAGGUGGAAACCAUCUGGACAGAGGCUCCGAAUUCAUCCUCAGCGUCGAGACUGCGAGCAGUGGUACCUGGCCCGCAAAUCACACUGCAAACUACGUGGCUGGAGUAUCUCAUCAGGACUACCCAAUGAUGUCCAAUAACGUCUCGAUGGAACACAUCUUCUACCGGGACUUUGACGUCCGCUACCCCGACCUCAACAAUGUCGACUCGUCCGAUGAUGAUCCCACCGAGGCAAAGGCAAAAUCUUUUGCCACUCCCACCCAUACGAUUAUUGCCUACUGUCUUUUGCUUGGGUCCAUCGGCGCUACGAUGCUCGCCUUUAUUGCACUGCCAUUCGUCUUUCCUGUCAAUAGCCACUGGCAGGAGCAGGAGGCUUGGGCAAAGGAGCUCAAGAGGGCGCCUCCUCCGGCCGCUGUUGGCGGUGGGAGCCGGAUCUAAAGGCGGCACAGCAGAGCCAGGGUCACAACGUUGGAGCGUUUGCCGGCAAAUACUCCCUCCUCUAGCUCGUCUGCUCUUCAAAAACGGCUGACCCCUCCACUCGAACCACGAUAUGAAAGUUGUCAAAUAGCACCGGUAGCUUCUACAGCAUCUCACGACAUGCCUCCCUCAGUAGCGGACAUUCUUCGUCCCUCAAGAACUCUUUCUGUCCUUCGUUCUACUCUUGCGACGUUCGCUCUUCACCUGGCCUCCUCUCUCCCCCUCUUCUCCAUUGUCAGCCUCAGCCUCAGCGCCACUUCACCUUGUCUCUCUCUACAAACCCUCUUUUCCCGUUUUUUCGUCGUUGUUCACUUGUACAAAGUCCUCCCUCCAUCGUCUCGACUUUUGUUCUCUUCCUCUCUCCCUCGUCUCAACUCGGCCGCCUUCAGCUCGACAUUUCCCCCAAUCACUCGCCUCGAGCCUCUCUC